CAACUUUUGACCGGCCCAGAUCGCCGCGAAUCGGUUUCAGCCCGUCCGAGCUGGCUUUAAUUCCCGCUGUGACUUGUGUUUUCUCUGCCCUGCGCCUUUUAUUUUAUUUGAUUUGUGCAAGUCCAGCCCAAUGCUGGAGUGUUAAUUGGCGGUCGCCUCGGUGCCCAAUGUGCAAACACUAUGUUGUGGUUGAAACAAGUAAUGUCUGGUAAAUCGAAUGUUCGCCAUCACAACCACCCUCAACAAAAAGACCUCGAUGGCUGCCAAAUCAGAGAUUGCAACUGAAAUUCAGCUCGUGUGUCACACUCGAAGCAUUGAAUAAAUAUGCUGGCUACAACAGUAUUGAGACAGUAAUAAAUAAACCAAUUGAUAUCAAUAAAAACAAAGCAGAGGGCUGUCGAGGAGGAGCAAGAGCGAUAUAGGUUCGAAAUGCGCGCCGUAUACGACUUGUUGCUGAGCAACGCCUUUGAUCCCAGGAUGGUGCUUCAGAAUCACAACACAGUGGUGGCCCGCUCCACGCUGACGCCGAACAGCAGCAGCCAGAACUUCGGCUCCCAUCCGCUGGGACACCACGGCGGAUCGGCCAUUGGAUCCGGACGGAGUCCUCUGAACGCCGGACCCAGCACCCAGCGUCCCAUUGUGGACCUGCUGGUGGCCAUGGUGGCCGUACCGGUGCUGAUUCUCUGCGCCCUGCAGCUGGAGAAGAAUCUGCGGGACAACAGUCCGGAGUCGCGCUGGCUGGUCUUCGCCCUGGGCAUCGGGAUGCUGGUCAUCAGCGUGAUCAUCUGCGGCUAUGUCACGCACCGCAUGGGCGUCUGCAUCUGGGCGGGACCCAUCGACGAUGCGGGAAACCGCGCCACCAAUGGAGCCAUGCCGCAUAUCAACUCCCAGAACGAUGUGCUGCGCAUUGUGGACUCCCUGCCGCCGAGCUACGACAGUGUGGUCAAGUUCGAGCUGCCGCCGCCGGCCUACGACUGCCUGGUCAUAGACAUGGACCAGUGCAAGGACCUGGAGCCGCCGCAGACCUCCGCCAAGCCAGGAGUCGGGGGAUCCACCUCCGCCCCGGGGGCCACCCUGCACAUCUAGGGAGGACUCGCAGGAGCAGUAGGAGGAGGAGAGAGAAUUAAGAGAUUUUUUCCCAACUGGCGGCGCAACGGAUUUCUGUACUUGACCCACUUUGAGACCACUCGCAAGCAAAUCUAUACCCACGAUUCGAUGCGCGGUGUUCUGCGGCAGCUCGGGAGUUUUCAGAAUAUCACAAAGCAGGAGAAAUCUAGAGCACUCUGCCGAACACCGCCGCAUAUCCGUAUACCUACUGUAAAGUUUGGCCAAACGGUGGCUCGGCAAAGCAUUAUGGCAUUGUAUUUACUUUGGUUUAAGCAGCUAGUAUUUUAACUCGUAGCCCAUCAAGAGCAACUCUCGCAUUGUACAUAGAGUUCUUUGAAACACAGCGUCUAGUCCAAGUUGUAUAUAGCCGGAGAAGAGGUAACUGAACCACAGGAUGCGCGCAUACACACAUUUUAGGUAACUUUACGACAUACUUACUAAAUGCCAACGCAGGGCGGGAAUCAAACUACAAAACUACAGGGUAGCACUUAGUCUUAGUCUUAGCCUAGCGCCUGUAUAUAACUAUGUAUAUUACGAUUACAAAUAUUUUUAUGGCCACCGCGAUGGCGCUGUCGAUUGCCAACGAAAUGCCGGAAAACGUUCAGAGCUGCUUUCCAGAAAUAAAGAAUUCCUAUUAAGCUUA